UUAAAACGAAAAAAAAGAAAAGAAAAAAGAAAAAGGCAAGCUGACCCGAUAAAAAUCGCGACAAAUGUAUCAGAGAGCUUGAGUUCGAUUUUUGUUGAAAGCUGCAAUCGAAGAGUUCUUUAAGCUUUGAUCAUCUCUUUUUUUUUUUUUUCACUUCUUUGUUGCUUCUUUUGCCUCUACUAGUUCAAUUCCCUGCUGAAUCUUGCGCUAAUUUUCUUUCUCUCUGUCGCAAUUUUAUUUUUGAAAAAAACCGGAGAAAAUUGAUCUUCAACGAGUUCAUCGAUCCAUGUCGUCUGAUAUAAGCUAGAUCUUUCUGCAAUAUCUUUGUCGCUCUCUAUAGUUUCUCAUUUUCUAUUCGACGACUGGAAAAAAAAGUUUCUCAUCCUUUGGCCAAAAAAAAAGAAAGAUGGUCAAAUGCAGGAGCUUAAACGGAGUUAAUUGCGAUGAGAGUGUCAUGAUUGAUCUCACAAGUUUGAUCGUGUAAUCGGCUUCUGCGGCGAAAGUUAUAUUAGACUGUUUCUUUUUUUUCUUUUCCUUCUUGGUUAGAGAGGGAAUGGGAACGGAUAGUCUGUUGUUGGCAACGGUGAGACCGUCGAUUAAACCGCGAGCGGGAUUGAGGAGAAAACAGGCUGGAAGAGGUUCUUACAGAGGAAGCUAGGGGCUUUGUUGCAAACAGAGAAAAAAACUUAGGUUGUGGGGGGUUGAUUUUGAUUGAAAAUUUGCUGUUUUUUUAGGUUGAGUGAGGGGCGCUUUUGAACAAAAUAAAAAAAGUUGGAUCCUUUGUUGAGGGGAAAUAGAGAUGGCUAGCAGUAUAAGUGGAUGUCGGUUGCAGCAGCUAUUGAGAAGUUUCUGCCUCAAUACUGAGUGGAAGUAUGCCGUCUUUUGGAAGCUUAAGCAUCGUGCUCGAAUGGUGCUGACUUGGGAGGAUGCAUACUAUGACAACCUUGACCAACUUGAUCCUAUGGCAAAUCAUUGUUUCCAUGAUACAAUAGAAAGCUUGCACUCUGGACGCUAUUCACAUGACACCCUUGGUUUAUCUGUGGCAAAAAUGUCUUAUCAUGUAUAUUCUCUAGGGGAAGGGAUUGUCGGGCAAGUGGCAGCUUCUGGAAAGCAUCAAUGGAUAUUUGCAGAUAAGCAUGUUAACAGCUACUGCUUAUUGUUUGAGUUAUGUGAUGGUUGGCAAAGUCAAUUUGCAUCAGGGAUCAGGACCGUUGUUGUUAUUCCUGUUGGUCCACAUGGAGUUGUGCAACUUGGCUCCUUGAAUAAAGUGUACGAGGAUGUGAAGCUGGUGAGUCACAUCAGAAAUGUAUUUUUUGCUCUUCAAGAUUCUUCCGUAGGGCAUAUAUCCAGCUCAAUAGAAUGUAGUAUGAAAAAUUCAUUAUUUAAGCAAGGUUUUCCAGCAAAAUUACUAGAUUCAGAAGUUAUUCCUUUAGAUAAUGCUGUACAAAAAGAUGGACCAGAUGGUUUGUUGCCUGGGUUUUCACAUCCCCAAAAGUACAGUGAUAGCUUAUUUGUUCUUCCACUGUUCAGUAAUAUUCCCAAAGGGGCAACUGAAGUGGAGAAUAAGCAUGAAGGGCUUCAGCUGUCCUCAAUAGCAAGUGAUUCCAACUUGGAGCAUCAAAAUCAGUUGGGGAGGCAUUUGAUAAAUAAUGGGGCAUGUAAAGGGGAGACUAAUGGGUGGAAAAAAAUGAGUUUGGAACCAGAAAAUGUCUAUGCUAUUAGUCCUGCUGUGGAUGACAUAAAUUUAUUUAAUGUUGCAUUUCAAGCUGAACAGUAUGGAGCCGGUCAUGCAUGCUACUCCUCAAACUUCCUUAGCUCUGCACUUAAUGAUAUGGUUAAGCCGAGUAGUUUGAGUUCUUAUCCAAAGGAGGUGCUGGACAUACCCAAAUCUUCAGACAUAAAAUUUCAAAAUAAUUCAAAGAAGUUGGGGAAUCAAAAUGAUUUAAUUGACAUGGACUCAAUAAACACUUCCUUAAAGUUUUCUGCUGGCUGUGAGCUUUUUGAAGCACUUGGACCAGCCUUUUUGAGGAAUGGUUUCUAUGCUGAUAGCCAGGUAGAUAAUGCAGAAGCUGGAGCUAAUAUUGAAAUGCAAGAGGGGAUGAGCUGCAGCCAGUUGACUUUUGAAUCUGGCUCAGAAAAUCUCCUUGAAGCUGUAGUGGCAAAUGUUUGCCAUAGUGGCAGUGAUAUGAGAAGUGAGAGAUCUUUUUGUAGAUCAGCACAAUCGUCGUUGAUAACCAGAAAUACUUCUGAGCCUUCAAGCCUAACAAAUUGUACUGUUAAUUCAGCAGGUUAUUCAAUUAAUAAGUCCUCUCUCGUGGAAGAUAGCAAACAGCACUGUCUGAAUUCAUCGGAGUUAUGCGGAUCAAUGUCUUCAAAAGCCUAUUCUUCAACAUGCCCUAGCAAUUCCAAGCAGUUUGAGAAGUCCUCAGAUCCAGCUAAGAACAACAAAAAGAGGGCUAGACCUGGUGAAAAUGCCAGGCCUAGACCAAGGGACAGACAACUCAUUCAAGAUCGGAUUAAGGAGCUGAGGGAGCUUGUGCCUAAUGGAGCAAAGUGCAGUAUUGAUUCAUUGCUGGAGCGCACAAUCAAGCACAUGGUCUUUCUUCAAGGUAUCAGUAAGCAUGCUGACAAGCUUGGUAAAUGUGCUGAAUCAAAGAUGCAUCAAAAGGGAGCUGGCAUGCUUGGAUCGUCCAAUUAUGAUCAAGGUUCAAGCUGGGCAGUGGAAGUGGGAAGCCCUCUAAAAGUUUGCUCAAUCAUAGUGGAAAAUAUAAACAAAAAUGGGCAGAUGCUUGUAGAGCUGUUGUGUGAGGAAUGUAGUCAUUUUCUUGAGAUAGCGGAGGCAAUCAGAAGCUUGGGCCUGACAAUCUUAAAAGGGAUUACAGAAGCACAUGGUGAGAAGACUUGGAUAUGUUUUGUGGUUGAGGGGCAGAACAGAGUUAUGCAUCGAAUGGAUAUCUUAUGGUCUCUUGUGCAUAUUUUGCAAUCCAAGGCUACAAGCUAGCAACAAUGGCUUGUGAGGUUUUGGAGGCUGUUACAUUGGCUCCUAUUGUAAAAUGUCGUGAGUGGUUUGUGGUUUUUUAUUGGUUCUCUUGUUUUUGCCUCUUGUGUUUGCUUCUCCAUCCCAUAAGAAAUAUAUAAAGGAAGGGAAAAGGAGGGAAAACAGCAUUCCUAAGAAAACAUUUUGUGAAGAGUUUUUGCUUCUGUUCUUCAUAGUUUGUGGGAAAUGUCAUCUAUAAUUUUCUUCC